AUGGAUAUUCGCCAGACCGAAAGCUUCAAGGAAAAGCAAAGGAUGAUGCUUCGAGAGCAAGCACAAAAAGAGCUUACAGCAGUCCAUAUCUUAACACAAUUUUAUAGAACUGAAGAGCUUAGAGCAAAAGUGUACGAAAACAAUCCUAUUGGAAGUCAAGGAAUUAUGGCUAUUUUCCUGAUAUCUUCGCUCGGGCUAUCGCUGAUCUCAUAUUCAGGAAGAUUCAAAAAAAAUUAUCCUAGGUUUUCAUCAAUUUUUGGUGAAUCACUUCUGACUAGAGGAAUUAUCAUCUACAUAAGUGGAUAUAUUGGCAGACUUGCAGAGCAGCUUAAUGUUGAGUAUAAUAUUAAGAAAGACGCUUUUAAGGAGUACAUGUCUGCGUAUAAUUACUACGAAAAGAUUAAAAAUAGAAAGCUGCAAACAUUAGGAUAUGUUAAAAGACUUGAGCUACUAACAGGAUUCAAACUGAGUUCUUCGGAAAACAAAGAAAAUUCUAAGAAAGAGUAA